AUGCCGUCGCGCCGUUGGAUGCUUGCGUCAGUAGACGACGAUGCCAUGACAUUGACAUUUGAGCCAGACGAUGACAGUGACAACGAUGACGUUGAUGGGGGCCGAGAAUGCUUGUUGUCCAAGGUCCUGGCGAUCGUGGGAAUCAUGGGGCCCUUGGACGUCCUCGUGGAAAUGACACACGUCACAAAGCGUCUACAUGACCACUUUAUGUCAAGGCUGCGCCUCAACCGACAGCGAGCCAAGUUUGGGGUCCUAUCGCCAGUCGUGUUCCCUGACGAUAUGUGA